AUGAAUGCUUUUCAGAGAAACGAAUCCAAGGAAACUUUGUUCACUUUUAUUUCUGCAGGAGAUGAUCCCCCCAAAGCAGAUUUCCCUGUUCAGAAAAAAUCCCCGAAACUCUGUGGCUCCAACUACCCCCUAAGCAUUGCCUUCAUCGUGGUGAACGAGUUCUGCGAGCGCUUCUCCUACUAUGGCAUGAAGGCUGUCCUGACACUAUAUUUCUUAAGCUUCUUCCACUGGGAUGAGAAUCUCUCCACCGCUGUGUACCAUGCCUUUUCCGCGCUCUGUUAUUUCACACCUGUCAUUGGAGCCAUCAUGGCAGACUCAUGGCUGGGGAAAUACAAGAUCCUGUCUAUGGUUGGUCUGUUUUUGAUCGCCCUUGGAACGGGAGGUAUCAAGCCCUGUGUCUCUGCAUUUGGUGGGGACCAGUUUGAAGAGGAACAUACCUUGGAGAGAAGCAAGUUUUUUUCCAUCUUCUAUUUAUCCAUUAAUGCUGGAAGUUUGAUCUCCACGUUUGUAACUCCUGUAUUAAGAGGGGAUGUGAAAUGUUUUGGAGAGGAUUGUUAUGCACUGGCUUUUGGUGUCCCAGCAGCACUGAUGGUGUUGGCACUUGUUGUGUUCAUUGCUGGAAGUGGACUGUACAGAAAAACGCCACCACAAGGGAACGUCUUACUGGAAGUAUGCAAAUGCAUCAGCUUUGCUAUUAAAAACCGGCUGAAAAACCGCUCCCGUCAGAUUCCAAAGAGAGAUCACUGGCUGGACUGGGCGUCAGAAAAAUACUCGAAACAGCUGAUUAGGGAGAUUAAAAUGGUGACACGCGUUCUCUUCCUCUUCAUACCACUGCCAAUGUUCUGGGCCCUGUUUGAUCAGCAGGGAUCCAGGUGGACUUUGCAAGCCACAAAAAUGAAUGCUGAUUUUGGAAUAUAUGUCCUUCAGCCUGACCAAAUGCAGUUCUUAAAUCCACUUCUUAUUCUUGUCUUCAUCCCCAUUUUUGACCUUGGGCUCUACCCCCUGAUAAACAUGUGCAAAUUUAAUUUCACACCUAUUAGGAAAAUGGCAACAGGUAUGAUCCUUGCAGGUAUGGCGUUUGGACUUGCAGCUGUUCUAGAAGUCAAAAUAAACGAAACCGAUAUGCCUCGACUUGUCCCAGAAGAAAGUUUAAUUCGGGUCCUGAAUUUGGCAAAGAACCCUGUUCAAGUGACAAUCCAAGGCUGGGACCUAUUUCAGCAGCCCGUGGAGGCUUUUCAGGUAAGCACAUAUUACUCAAAAUUAAUAUUGAAUGGAGAGCAACAGAGCCUUCGCUUCACCCUGCAACGUCAAGGAUUGUCUCUUGCUUUUAACUACACCGUGAAGGAAAAAUCAGUAUACAGCUUAAUUGUUUUUGAGGCAGAAGAAAGCCUAUCAAGCCGCUUAAUUACAGACUUGGAAGCAAAGCCAGAAAACGGUUUGGCAGCUGUUAGAUUCAUUAAUGGUUUGAGCCAAGAUGUCAACCUCACCAUUGACAGCAAACGGUUCAUUGCUAUUCAGAAAAACUACAGCGCUUCUGAGUACUCGCUGCUAAAGAGGGACGAGUAUAAUAAUGGAAAAUGCAUAACUGAAAUGGGAGAAUUCACCCUGGAGCUGGGGCUGCUUGACUUCGGUGCAUCAUACACUAUUGUGAUAACCAAUGUUUCUGGAGGUGCUGUUAAGACAUGGAAGUCAGAAGACAUCAAAGCCAACAAUGUCCAUAUGGCUUGGCAGUUACCGCAAUACUUAUUAAUAUCUGCUGCGGAGGUGAUGUUCUCCGUUACAGGUCUGGCCUUCUCCUAUUCCCAGUCUCCGGCCAGCAUGAAGUCGGUGCUGCAGGCAGGCUGGCUGCUCACAGUGGCUGUUGGGAAUACCCUUGUGCUCGUUGUUGCACAGGCUGCACCAAUGGCACAGUGGGCUGAAUUUGUCUUGUUCACUGUUCUCCUCUUUGCUGUGUGCAUUAUUUUCUCCAUCAUGGGAUAUUCCUAUGUCAAUGUGGAUCCAGAGGACCUAGAAGAAAAGGAAGAGAAGAGAGAAACCUCAAGCAGAGGAAACAUGAUUAGUCUCGUUACUCAGAAAACAAAGCUCUAA